GAUGUCAGCUUGGGAACUUAGCACUGUAGCCCGGCUAGAAAAACUCCGUGGUGUCUUCCAGGAUCUGGCAACCCUCAGGGAGAGGACACGCCCUCAGGUACUGCGCGCGUGGCUUGCGCCUUAGGUAACCUCGAUUCCGGGGCGGCAGCGGCUCAGUACAACGGUGUCCCCGCUGGGUGCCAGCAGUCCAGUGCUCACUGAUCCCGCAGCUGCGGAUCGGCUCUCGACCGCGCCGUCCCGCCGGAGACCCCUUGGCCAGUAGCCCGCCCAUGCUCUCAGCCACUAGGAGGGCUCGCCAGCUCUUCCAUAUCCUUUCUGCUGUCCCGAGAAUGGGAGACUCCGCUUCUAAGAUCGUCAGCCCCGAGGACGCCCUGCCGGGCCGGAAGGACCGGAUCCCUGUGGCGGCCAAACAUCAUGUCAAUGGCAACAGCACAGUCGAGCCUUUCCCAGAGGGAACACAGAUGGCUGUAUUUGGAAUGGGCUGUUUCUGGGGAGCCGAGAGGAAAUUCUGGACCCUGGGAGGAGUAUAUUCAACUCAAGUUGGUUAUGCAGGAGGCUACACUCCCAAUCCUACUUAUGAAGAAGUCUGCUCAGGAAAAACUGGCCAUGCAGAAGUCGUUCGAGUGGUGUACCAGCCAGAACGCAUCAGCUUCGAGGAACUGCUCAAGGUCUUCUGGGAGAAUCAUGACCCGACCCAAGGCAUGCGCCAAGGCAAUGACCACGGCUCACAGUACCGCUCGGCCAUCUACCCAACCUCCGACGCCCACAUGCAGGCCGCCCUGAGGUCCAGAGAGGACUACCAGAAGGUUCUGUCAAAGCAUGGCUACGGCCAGAUCACGACCGACAUCCGGGGGGAACAGACGUUCUACUAUGCGGAGGAUUACCACCAGCAGUACCUGAGCAAGAACCCCCACGGCUACUGCGGCCUCGGGGGCACCGGAGUGUCCUGUCCACUGGGCAUUAGAAAGUAAUUUCUCCCCACGUGCCUGGCCCUUGAAGUCACAGCAAAAACAGUUUGAAUGCACUGGGCAGUUCUUUCGCAGCUCACGCCAGUGGCUUUUGGAAGCGCACACAGUACAAAGGCCUCCGUAGAAUCUCGUGUGCGGAGGUGUGAUUCACUCGGAAUGCCCUGGCAGGUUGAUAACAUGGACUUGAUCUUCUAAUUAGUUGUGGGGGGAGGGGAGCCGUGAGAUUUUUUUGGAUCAUUUGGGGUCUGAAUGAGGAUAAUAAAUAUGCUCUGCUGGCUUUUCUCUGGUCUGGGAGCCCGCCCUGGCAGCUGGGGAAGGAAGGGGGCAGCUGGGGAAGGAAGGGGGCAGCUGUCGGCUGGCCGGAGCGUGCUGGAAACCCUUCACCCGAGCCCUGUCCCCUUCACAUGCCCUGCACCCACCAGUGCCUUAAAAUUUGCAAACAUUUAUAGCCUCAGUGAAUCAUUCACUAAAAUGCUUUGUUCUUUAACCCUGUCCAUGGGCAAGGGGCUCUCUCUGUCUCUGCGCGGCCCUCCUGUGGCGGAGAAAAUGGGAGUCAGCUUAAUCAAUUCUAGUGCGUUGCUUACAGCUAUGAGAAGUUCUUGUUCUAAUAAAAGUCUACAGUCUAAUAAUA